AGCGUAUAUCCCAAAUGCAUUGCAAACUUUUCAUCAUUAUUGCCGCGAAGCAAUAUCACUGCUCUGCUCAUAACAGCUUGCCACUCUUAAACAGAAGAUCCGUAACGCAUACGAGACUGAAAAUUACAUUCCUGUACCGGAUAACGUCAAAUCCUUGGCUAAUAUUUCAACAACUGUUGCGAUAAAUUGGUUCAGGACCGCGGUUCAGGACAUUGCAUUUAAAAGUGAAGUACUCGUUUUUUCGUUUUUAUCUUGUUUAUCGGUGACUAGAUAGGGAUUUAAAUUCAAACUCUUUGAUACGCCUACCAAUGGAGAGUGGAAAGUCUUCAAAAAUAUCUGGAAUUAUCAAUACUGUUUCUCAUCUUGUUCUGAAGGAUAAACGAGCGAUCGAGAUGGGCAAAGAUCAUACUGAUAAGAUUGAGAAUUGUUCAAAGCCCAAGCCUAUGGUACGCUAUGUGAUACGCCGAGGAAAGGUUGAAGACUGUUCUCAGAUCUCAGUACUUAUGAGGAAACUCGCAGAGAGUGAAGACUAUGGAGAUCGGGUAGAAGUCUCUGAAGAUGAUCUUCGUCGAGAUGGGUUUGGUGAUUACCCGGUGUUCGAGAGCAUCGUCUUAGAAGACAAAGAGGCCAACGAGGAAUCGUCCAUCUUGGGUUAUGCCCUCUAUUUCAUGGGCUUCUGCUCAUGGAAGGGACGUCUUCUCUAUCUGGAAGAUGUGUACGUCAAUUCUGAAUACAGAGGAACCGGUCUCGGCAUUGCCCUUCUCCACACAAUAGCCAAGAUUUCUGAGGAGAGAGGAUGCAAAGCUGUACAGGGUACUGUCGUUGAAUGGAACAAGGAUGUCAUGAAGCUGUAUAAACGGAUAGGCGCCACGGAUAUGACCGAAGAGGACAAAUAUCACCUAUUUGCCAUCGGCAAAGCCGAGGUUAGUCGGUUUGCCAAUGCCCGGAUCCCUGUCUUAAAUAACGGAUCACAAAUUGCGACGUGUGAGUUGUGACAUUAUCGCAGAACUUCAGAACCCCAAAUAAUGGAACGUCGUACUUCGUUUCGGAUUGCCGUGGUUUCGGACCGAUGAAGGCUUCGUACAAGCUCACGAAGUGGGUUAACCGAAUAUCCGACGUUAACCGAAUGUCUGGACAAAUUUGACGUGAUUGGACAUUUCGGAUUGUGAUGGCAAUGUUCGGUUAUGAGACAAACAUGCAGAGUCAAGGAGACUGCGGAUUCGGAUAGUAACGCUCGUUCAAUGCAAUGACAGCCCCGAGACAGAUACUCUUAUAGGUUUUAGACACACUGUGCAUACCAACCGGGAGAUGUUCUGGAGUAAAAUGUUUUACAUGAAAAGGAACUGUCUAGCUAUCCGGCUCCGGAUAUUUUUGAUAACCCGGAUGAGGUUAUACCCAGUUUUUGGGUGUCGUUUGCGUUUUGAACUCUCAAAACAGCGAUAGUCGUCUGUAUACAUAUUUAUCAACUUUUAUGUAAUUGAUUGACUGGGUCAUAGUUUCCACCAUGGCCAGAUUACGCUUCAUUCUGUAUACACAGGGAAGCGUAAAACGAUUGUACAGUUAAAAAUUUUAUUGGUCUAUUUUCUCUCGGCUAUCUCAUUAUCCUUAUCGACGCCGCAAAGUAAAAACGAGAGAUCUAGCAUGGAAUAAACAUUUUUAGAGAUCGAAGAAUCACGCGGAGAAAAUUUAGUGCUUUAUUUCAUUUGUCAAGGUGCAGAAUUUUAUUGUUACCAAACUUAUACCAUCACGAUAUUUCGACAAAUGCAGGCAAAUCUGUGCUAUAUAGCGUGUAAGUCCAUAGGUUUUACGGUACACCUUAAAAAUAGCGUGUUGAAAUCACCCCUAAAACUUAGACUGGGCCUCUUUAUUUAUGAAACCAAAACACAAGUCAUGCUAUUUUUAAAAGAUAUUGUUAUUUUUGAUGAAUUUUGAUAAAAACAUGAAUGAUUUAAAAUCUAUUUUAAAACACAUAUUUUUCGAGAAUAUCGCUGAAUGGAGACUGUGAUAUGACUGUGUUUUUUGUUUUGUUUUGUUUGUUGGGGGUGGUUGAUUCGAAUAGUUGAUUAGAAUGAUACAGACCCCGCAAUCCAUCCAAUUUGUAUUACAAACAGAUUUGCAUACUGUAAUUAUUGUGAUUAUGAUAUAGGCCUGCCAUCAUUCGAUUCAAUGUUGGUUGCAAAAUUAUAAUCUUGUCACGCCAAAGGGGUAUACCCCCCUGAAGGCUUUCGGGAUGGGAACAGAAAAUAUUUCCUGCGAAUUAAAAGAUGUAAUGAUGAAGGCAAACAGAAUUAUUUACACUGUGUAUUAACUCAUGUUACUUGUCAUUUUGUAUGUACGAUAUCCCUCGGGGGGGGGCAGUCAAAUAAAUUGCAGUACACGUACACGCGUGACCAAGGAAUGUCCAAACACCACCUAAACGAGUUUUUCUCUGGGUGCAAAAUACCAACCCCCUAAACAAGUUUUUCGCGGGCUUUAUUUACACAUUUUGGCCCCUAAACAAGUUGUCGCCAAAAUAUGACUUCGGGGGGUAAAUACCCUAAUCACAUUUGGC